AUGGCCUGGCGACGGCCCUAUAGCGAACGACAUACGGGGUCGAGCGAGGGAAAUGAAAGUCAAGCCAAACAUCCAGCAACUGCUGGAGGCACCUAUAUCAGCGAAAAGGGUGGAAAUGAUGCACCGGCGACAUAUCAGGAUGCUUCUGGCGCUCCAGUUGAAAGCAAUUCACCUCUCGGAUACUCUGUUGGUCCCGUUACUAUUACCUUGCUGAACAUCACGAUGAUGAUCGGCGCCGGUAUUUACUCUACACCAUCUUCGAUUCUUUCUGGCACUGGGUCUAUCGGUGUCAGUUUUGUAUAUUGGACUCUCGGCUAUCUGAUCUGUCUCACUUCUGGAUCGGUAUAUCUGGAAUAUACUGCAUACUUCCCCAGUCGAUCAGGAUCAGAAGUCGUUUUCCUCGAACAAACUUACCCUAAUCCGAGAUAUCUGUUCCCAACCACAUUCGCAGUUCAAAGUGUCAUACUCUCAUAUGGAAGCGCCAAUGCUACUGGUAAGUACUUUCUCGAGUCCGCUUUCGCUCCUUGCACUAAAACGGAUUACAAAACAGUUAUGGCCAAAUACCUUAUCGCGAUUUCCGGACAUACGGGAACAAACUGGCAAAUCAAAGGGACUGCCUUGGCUUGCUACACCAUAGCAACUCUGACGUUGGUGUCCAAUACCAAGUACGCAUAUUGGUUCUCAAACGCUGUGGGAAUAGUGAAAAUUUGCACUCUGCUUUUCGUUAUUGUGACUGGGUUUGUUGUGUUAGGAGGGAAUACAAAGGUCGAGAAUCCGAAACUCAACUUCCAAGAUGCUUGGUCAGGCAGCUCGACUGCUUCGUCAUACGGACUUACCACAGCCUUGUAUCGAAUUAUCUUUUCAUACGGAGGGUACAACCAUGCAUUCAAUGUUGCCAACGAAGUCAAGAACCCGGUGCGAUCCUUGAAGAUCUAUGCGACCACCGCGCUCACGGUGGUCUACGUGCUAUACAUGUUCGCAAACGUCGCUUUCUUCGCAGCGAUUCCUCAAAAUGAGAUCAAAGCAUCUGAUCUAACAACAGCUGGUCUGUUUUUCGAGAAGGUUUUCGGCAACAGUGGUGCGGUUCGCGGUCUCAACUUCCUCAUCGCCUUGGCUUCCUUCGGUAACAUGAUCGCCGUAAUCAUUGGUUUAUCACGCCGUAUCAGAGAAUGUGGCCGACAGGGAGUCCUUCCCUGGACAACAUUCUGGGUCUCGACUAAGCCUUUCGGUACAACAUUGGGUCCAUAUGCUGUCAUUUGGUCUUUAACCGCGCUGAUGAUUCUGGCAAUUCCAGCUGGAGACGCUUUCACUUUCGUCAACGAUUUGAACAUCAUCCCCAACGCCGCAUUUAACCUCGCAAUGGCUGUUGGUAUUUACAUCAUUCGCUGGCGCCGAAAGAAGGCCAACCUCCCAGAACCCGAAUUCAAAGCCUGGCACGUCGUGAUCAUCUUCAACAUCCUUGUCCAAAUGUAUCUCCUCGUGAUGCCCUGGUACCCGCCCGCUGGUGGGCAGUAUGCAGGUGAUGUGAGCUUUUGGUACGGAACGUCUGCCGUGACUGGUCUUGCAAUUCUCGUUAUGUGCGGCACCUAUUAUUGGUUCUGGGCUUUCCUAAUCCCCAAAUGGAAGGGCUACAAGUUGCGACAAGAGCUGAUCCACCUGGACGGCGGAGCUCAAAGCAAUCAACUCAGGAAGGUCCCUAUCGCUGAGUUGGAGGAAUGGGAUUUGACACACGAUGAGGCUGGCUGCCGAAUUGACUCGGUUCAGGAGGUCCGGAUUCAGACCAAGUCUGAUGAUAGGUCCUCUGGUACUGAUCAAUCGUCUGACCACGGGCCGAAGAAGAACCCGAAUACUGUCUCCGAAACGCUGGUUUAA